AUGUCGCCGAUUACAAUCAACGCACUCACUCCUGUUGUUUUACUCAUUGCAUUGUUUCUUGUCCGUUCAUCGUAUGCUGAACAAUAUCGUUCUCCAUCUGCAAACGAUAACUGUACUGUAACAUAUGGUAAACGUUUAUUACAAGAAGGUAACCAAGUCUCAAUCAAUCGAAAAUUAUAUAAGGUGGAAUAUUGCCAACUUCAACGAGCAUAUCAGGCGUGUGGUCCUCAUUUAUGGUACAUUAUUAGCAUAGUUUGUGAAGCUAUAGAUCUACCAAACGGCAAAGCUAAUGCUAUGGCACGUAUCCGAAAAUUUACCGAAGAAAAAUUGCUUUCUGAUGCUUGUUGUAUAACUGCAUGUACUAUUUCCGAAAUGAGCCGAUAUUGUCCUGAGUUAAACUAA